UCCAAGCAGAAAGGAGGCUCUCUGGCGCUUGGUCUAUAGCAUGGUGUGGCUCAGCCGAGCUCUCCUCAGGCAGUAUGGCAGAUUUAUGGAUGACCUAAGGAUCUAUGUGAAAGGAGGAAGUGGCGGAAUGGGCUUUCCUCGAUUUGGUGGGGAAGGGGGAAAAGGCGGUGAUGUCUGGCUGGUAGCUCACGAAAAACUGACCUUGAAGAGGAUUAAAGAUCGAUAUCCAACGAAACGGUUUGUGGCAGGAACAGGAGCCAACAGUAGUAUUGCUGCACUAAAAGGUGCUACUGGAAAAGAUUGUGAAGUAAAGGUGCCUAUAGGAAUAUCAGUUGCUACAGAUGACGGAAAACUGUUUGGGGAACUUAACAAAGCAGGAGAAAGACUGUUGGUGGCACGUGGGGGAAUUGGCGGAUGCAUGAUUACAAAUUUCUUGCCCACCAAAGGUCAAAAACACACGAUUCAUCUUGAUUUAAAACUAAUAGCAGAUGUCGGCUUAGUUGGAUUUCCAAAUGCAGGAAAGUCCUCUUUGCUAACCAAGAUUUCUCACGCAACACCUCAAAUUGCAGACUAUGCCUUCACAACAAUAAAACCUGAACUUGGAACAGUGAAGUAUGCUGAUUUCAAACAGAUCACAGUUGCUGAUCUUCCAGGAUUGAUUGAAGGUGCCCACGCUAAUAAAGGAAGAGGCCACAAUUUCUUGAAGCAUGUGGAAAGAACAAAACAGCUUCUCUUUGUUGUCGAUGUAGCCGGUUUUCAGCUUUCUUCUGAAACGCCAUUCAGAACAGCCUUUGAAACUAUAAUACUAUUAGCAAAGGAACUGGAACUAUAUAAAGAAGACCUUCGAACUAAACCUGCAUUGCUUGCUGUUAAUAAAAUGGAUUUGCCCAAUGCAAAAGAAAAAUUGAAUGAACUUAUGGAACAAUUGCAAAGUCCUCAAGAUUCUAUGCAGUCGCUUCCAACAGAUACGAUUCCAGAAAUCACUGUUGAGUUCAAAGAGAUCAUUCCCAUAUCCACGUAUACUGGUGAAGGAAUUGAGAUACUAAUUCAGCGCUUAAGAGAAGUACUAGAUGAAGAAGCUGAGAAAAAGAUUGAAGAUUAUCAGAAGGACCAACUUCGUGCAUUGCAACUCUCAGAAACAUAGUAGUUCCUUACACUCGAAUUCCAUUGUAUGAGGAUUAAGAGAUCAGUAUUUUCAGACCUCUGAAUGCAACUGAAUUUGUGCAACCCCUGAUUUAGUCUCUCUUUCAAGCCGACCGUCGUAAAAGCAAAAGAGAGUAUGUUGCUUUCCAGUUUCUGUGAAAUACAAAAUGUAUAUUAUGAUUUUUAUUAGAUCAAUUUGUUAUCAGGUGUGUGCAAGUCUAUAAGUUACAUAGUACUCUAAGGGUGCAAGCCUAUGCAUAUUUAGACUGGGGAAGAAAUCCUACAACUCCCAGCAUGCCCCAGCCAGCCAUGCAUAGCAUUGUGCCCUUAAGAAUACAUUUUAAAAGAUGUAAAUAAACAUGAAACUAUAUCUAAAUACACCAAGGCACUCUUUCUGUUUUCUUCACCAAAUUUUUCAAGAUUGGUAUCCUUGUUUUGAAUGAGUACAUCAACGUGGGACGAGAAAGUACAAAACUACAUCUGCUCACUUCCCUGAAAUAUUUUGGGCAGGAAUAUUCAAAAUUACUAAUAAAGCUAUUUAGCAGCAACAUUGCUAAGUACAGCAUUGGAACAUCUGUUGUGAGUGGGCUAGUGAGAGCAGAGUGCAAGGUUGCUGCUUUCUGUAUUAUGUGUAUUCAUUCCUUCUGGGAAAAGAAAUUUUUUUUCCCUGGGGGCAUCAUAAUUACAGAUCAUUCAGGACCCUUUUGUGGACCCAGUGCUCCAAAGAUGAACAGAGCAAUUGUGAAGGGAUGAAACAAGAUUUAACAACAUUAGCAGGAAAGGGUGGGGUGGAGGAAUGAGGAGAUUAAUGUAGGAUGGCAGAGAAUGCCCUUUCGUGGUUUAGAUUUGUAAUACAUUUUGCAUCAGAUACCACUUCUACAACCAUGGAUAAUCCAGAUUAAACCAGCUCUCACAGAAAUGCACAUUUUGUGUUCAGAAUAAUUUGUGCCGUUUACCUAAAUUGGGUAUAUCGCCCCACACAG